UUUUCACAGCCUCUUUUCUUUUCUAUGAUUUAUCCGUCUCUCCAUCGUUGUCGCAGCCACAGCGAAAGCGCUACUGAUUUCUCUGCUCUCCGAUCUUCCUCCCUCAUCAGUUACAGCAGAUAGCAGAAUCCCCAGAGUUUCAUUUGUUAUUUUCUUAGUUCAUGGGCUAUUUGAAGUUUGUUUCAUUUGAGCUUCAUAGCAGAUAGCAGAAUCCCCAGAGUCAGAACCCUCUCCUGAAGUGUGUUUCGAGUAGUCGAGGUAAAUGGGUCUGUGGACACUACUGGAGGGUUGUCUGCUUCUUGCGAAUGCACUGGCAAUUCUAAACGAAGAUCGUUUUCUUGCUCCUCGAGGAUUGAGCUUCUCUGAAUUCUCGGGAGGUAGAACAAAGUCAUUCAAGGGGCAGCUUAUUGGCCUUAUCUACGCAACACAAUACUUAAGAGUUCCUCUCAUAAUGCUAAAUGCAAUCUGUAUCUUUGUAAAGUUAGUAUCUGGAUGAUGAGUUGCUUAUGUGAGAUGUGAACUUCAUCUCUUGAAAAAUAUUUUCUGCCAUAUUAUUCCUGUUUUCUCUGUUCUAAUGUAACAAUGGGCUACUGUCUCCUUCUGCAUUUGUGGAAAGUCAUGUUGCACCAAUAGCCAAAUUCUUUUGGGAUAUCUCAAGGUUGGAGGACAGAAGAUAUGGCUAUUUUCUUAUUAUUUUUAAAAUGUUUCCCUUUUGAAGUGAGAUGGGAUGUGGUAUUGGUUUCAUAUUUGUUUGGAUCAAGAUUACACUAUUUUGAUUGUUA